CGUCGCUACAAUUUUGCCUUGCUCCCAUUGUCCGUCUCCAGUCCGACUCCGUACAUCCCCCAUCCUUCUUCCCGGUGCGCUCUCGCUCUCUCCAAGUCUCGGGCGAUCGCCGCCGAUAGACGUUUCAAACGCGACGGGAACCUUUGGAUGAAAUCAGUCUCCUCAGUUCCAUCUUCAACCCCAGGUUGAUUUGCGUCUCUGAUAUAAUCUGCAACAUGUUAUUCUUUCAUACGGUUUGGAGUAAUGUUAUCAUUAGAGUUAAAAGAGCUAUGAAAGAACACCUCUCAUAUGGCAUUUGAAUCAUUUAGGUGUUCUUUUCCUUAGUUUUAUGUUCUGAUGAUCUAUGGGCGACAGAUGAAUUUGUUUUGGCAUCUGAGAUAGGAAGCAGAAUAUCACUUGCUCCAUGGCAUGAGGAAUUAGCAGCUUGAAGCAUGGCUUUAGUUGAUGUGAUCAAAUCUUGCCUUGAUUCCAUUAAUCAAAUAUCCGAGCACAUUGAAGGUGCCACUCUCUACCUAGAUGCUGGAUGUACAGAGAGUUUUGAAUUUCUUGGGGCUUUCCCUGUGUUACUCAAACUUGGAGUACGCGCUGUUUGCAGCUUGGAAAAUAUGUGUUCUCUUGAUGCGGUGGUGGACUGGAACUCAAAUUGUGAUCCAACAAGGAAAAUUGUCAUCAUGACAUCACGUCUUCUUAGUGAUGCACAUCGUUACAUUUUACGCUGCCUGAGCAUGCAUCAAGCUGUUCGCCAUUGCUCAAUAUUUACAUCUAUAUCUGAGAUUGCUCACUCUGCAUAUCCUGAUUCACCUUUGGGACCUGAUGCUUUUCAUGAAUAUGAGUUUUUGCUUGUCCAAGAUUUUGAGGAGCUUGCAAAGAAACGCGAGAUAAAAUAUAGAAUGGCAGAAGAUGGCAAUGCCCGGGAAGAUGCUCUAUUGGAAGACGAAGGAUGGUCACAACUGAGUUCCAUUGAAGAGGAUAUCCCAAAUCUCGAAGCACAUCCAACUGCAAAAGAUUUAUAUGGAAAUAGUCCACUAAUUCAUACAGAAGAUGCAGGGCAAAAACUGGCUGUUUCUGUGCAUCAUUUCCCUCUGAUUCUGUGCCCCUUUUCACCCAGAGUUUUUGUCUUACCUUCAGAGGGAUCAAUUGCUGAAGCAUACUUAUCAGCUGAAAGUGAGGACUCUCUGAGCCCUGGAUUGCCUCCCUUGAGUACGGGAUUGCCUUCCUAUGGUGAUGAAAUUCCUCCAGGGGCAACUCUGACUGCGCAUUUUCUUUACCAUAUUGCUGCCAAGAUGGAUCUGAAAUUGGAAAUAUUUUCCCUUGGCGAUUUGUCAAAAACCAUCGGAAAGAUUUUGACAGACAUGUCUAGUCUUUAUGACGUAGGCCGCCGUAAACGAUCAGCUGGGCUAUUACUCAUUGAUCGCACCCUUGAUCUUCUUACCCCAUGCUGUCAUGGGGACUCACUUGUAGAUCGCAUGUUUUCGUGUCUGCCCCGUAGGCGAAGAGCAUCAUCGUCUGCCCAGAAAAAAAGCUCACAAGCCAAAGCCAGAUGCGAUCCUGUGUGCCUACAGCGUGCUCCACUUGAUGUUAAGGUACCACUUGCAGAUAUUCUUAAUGAAGAUCCCACAACAGAUAAUUGUCGAUUUUUGCAAAGUUUUGAAGCUUUUCUAUGUGGGUGGAAUUCUAAUGGCUCCGCUACUCAAGUUGCAGAUUUGAAUAAUCUGAGAAGCAAAAUAAAUUGUGAAAAGCCCUUGCAGUCUGUCAUUGAUCUGCUUAGUGGUUCCUUUGUUACUACUGAAAAUUUUCAAGGAACACCAUACAUGGAAGCUAUACUGGAUAGAAGAACAAAAGAUGGAGCCAUGCUAGUGAAGAAGUGGCUCCGUGAAACUUUGCGUCGGGAAAAUAUUAUUGUGAAUGUUAAUAAUCGUGCUGGUAUAUUUACAAAAUCAGAGUUGCAACCUAUGAUUAAAGCACUGGCUAAAAGCCAAUUUUCUUUAAUGAAGAACAAAGGAAUUAUUCAGUUAGCAGCAGCUACACUAUAUGCUCUUGAUGAAUUACAUUGUGCCAGAUGGGAUGCUUUUACCAGUGCGGAGAGAAUAUUGAAUGUUAGUGCUGGAGACACAAGCCAGAGUCUUGCUGCUCAAAUUGGUGAUCUCAUCAACAAAAGUGCUUUGGUGGUGUCACAAGGGGCAAAGAGUGGAAGAAUGGGAUCCUCCCAAGGGCUACUCUAUUUGCAAGAUGCUUUGCUCCUCACAAUAAUUGGAUAUAUUUUGGCUGGUGAGAAUUUUCCAACAUCUGGUUCUGGUGGUCCUUUUUCUUGGCAAGAAGAGCAUCUCUUGAAGGAAGCUUUAGUAGAUGCAGUUCUUGACAACCCACCAACUGCACAGUUGAAGUUUCUUUAUGGUCUCACUGAGGAGCUUGAAGACAACCUAAGGAAAAUCAAAUCCAAGGAAACCAAAAGCAAGUCCCCAAGUCAACUACAAAUUGAUGAAUUUGAUUAUGAUCAGUGGGGCAGCUGGGGUGAUGAUGAUGUUGAUAAUGAUAAUGGUAGUGACAAUGAGCAAGUGUAUGGUGACAUGCAGCUGAAGUUGGAGUUGCGUUAUAGGGUGGACAACCUUUUCAAAUACCUUCAUAAGUUAUCCAGUUUGAAGAGGAGGAAUAUUUUUUCAAGAGAAGGAACAUUGGCAUUUGAAAGUACCUAUGACAAUGAUUCUUCCAUGAGUAAAGGAUUGCUUUACAAACUUCUGACUAGGGUAUUGGGCAAGUAUGACGUACCUGGGUUGGAAUACCAUUCCUCUACCGUAGGCCGACUUUUUAAAAGUGGCUUUGGAAGAUUUGGCCUUGCACAGGCAAAACCAAGUCUUGCUGAUCAAAAUGUUAUUCUGGUUUUUGUUAUAGGAGGCAUCAAUGGUCUUGAGGUACUUGAAGCUCAGGAGGCAUUAUCCGAAAGUGGAAGACCUGAUAUUGAAUUGAUACUUGGUGGUACAACUCUGCUGACUCCCAAUGAUAUGCUUGAUAUACUAUUGGGGAACUCUACUUACCUUUGAGUUUGCCUGUCGUUUUCCUGGUUGCUACUUGUAAAAUGUAGUUAGAUGACUCGGGCGCAUGCAUGCCAUCUCAAAACUUCAAGCCUUGGUUAAUCAAAUGUGCUGAUUCGCCCCUUUAGAGGAAUGAAACUAAUUGAGUUCAAGGAGUGGCCCAUUGCUGCUCAAUUUGAUCUUUUUGGUUCUUCCAUUGGAAAAUGAUUGGGGCGGGGCGCAUUCUUCGACAUAGUGCCAUAUCCUAUUAAUGUCCUUAUUUUCAAGAUGUUAUCAAGUUAGUAGUUGAUCAUUCUCAUCCAUUAUAAUGCAAAUAUGGGAUUGUGCAAGAAGAGAUUCUAUAACAAUCACCUUGAUGCAUUAAAGAGAAUGCUUAUUCUCUUAAACAAAUAGGAAUGUGUUAAUUCAAAGAGAAAAUAAAUAAAAAUAUAAAUCUUGAUUCA